GCUCCGAGGGGAAAACGCUUGAAAUUUGCCAGAAACUCAACUCAAGGUGGCAAGAAGACGUGCAAAAUGAAGGAAGUGUUGAAUCCAUCCAGUGGCGAAUGGGAAAUCUAAGAAGCUAAUUGCGAUAAAUUGAGCCCACUGCCGCCAUAUCAGACGAAGAAGGUGCCCCUGUGGAACAACAUGACUAGCGAAGAGUUUGCGUAACUGGUGCCAAGGCGGAAAGUUGUGGAACAAAGUUGGUCUCGACUUUUUUUCGUCCUGUCCAAAACGUGAGACAAUCAAGGCAAGAACACCCAGUAGCAAUACUCCGGUGCUUUUCUUUUGGCGCCAAGUGUUGAUUACUCUUCAGUGCUAUCCAGUCAAUAGCCUACUCAGUCAUUGUGUUCCAUUUGGAGAUCACUUGCAUUGGAUUGUAAAAACAGUGCCUUCAGUGUCUAUAUUUUAUCAAGUUGCUCUCAAGCCUUGAAUUACAGUUUAAGUCUUCCCAUUGAAGAGCUUGAUCCAUUCGUGGAAUGGCGGUUGAGAGACACAAGGAAGAGUCCUUUCAAUAAUCCCAGGGUCUGACCGAAAAAAGGUCAAAAAACAAGGAAGACACAGAUUCAAACUUGAACGACACCUAUCAAUACUAAAAAUCGGGCUGGACUCGCUUGGGUUGACGUCCUCUGGACUGAGGAAGUGCACACCAAACUACCGUUCCACCAACUGAAGACCGAUGUCAUUUAACAGCUCACAAGCAGAGCGACAAGCGAAGCUAAGCCACUCUCUAAAGUUCCACUCCAGACCCAGUUCAGUGUUCCCAUUCUCAAUCCAACUGCCCCCACUGACGGAGUACAACCGCGAUCAAAGCCCCAGUGAGUCAAAACGUGCAUCAGUGAUAAUGUUCCCGAGGCUCGUGGCUCUUUAAUUUCUGGAACAAACAUCGCUGAUUCGCCAUUACCUGAGCCAACAAACCACGUGUCAGCAUGUUCGAACCCGAUGAUGGCGGGCUCUUUGCGGACAUCAUGCCAAGCAAUGGAAAUGGGAGUGUUCCCACGCAAGUGAAACGACGUCUUGACGUCCGGAAACCUCCCACGGCCAGUGUUCAAAGUAGCCGUGAUAGUGGGCACAGCACGGAAGGUAGCAGUGUUCAUUCGCAGGAUAGUGUGAUCUCCAGGAGUGCGGGGAAAUUGGGACAGUUGGGUCAAAACAUUACGCCUGAGAUGGAGUUCGGUGCCAAGGAGGACCCGUCCCUGAGCGAGGAUGAGAACGACGAAACGCUCAUUGAGGAACAGCCUUUAAGUAAUGAGGAUCGGUUGGCGGUCCAAUUAGAGGCCGCUCUGGAGACCAAUUCAUCGUUAAUCAUGGACGAGGCCAACGACGUAUUGGAAGAAUCAGAUGAGUUGGACGCCGUUCCCGAGCUCCCUUCAGUGGCUGCUUACGAGCGAAGGCGCUCUUUAUUGUUGGAGGAACUCCACGUGUACCUUAUUCCUCGCGAAGAUUGGGAGGGUAACCGGAAUCUAGCGGAUAAGACUGUGGUGGAUGAUUGCGUUUCUAUAGGGUUUGUGAGGGUUCUACCUGAAUGUACAUUAAGCCAACUUCGUCGGGAGCUCAUGCUUCAAUUGGAAGACAAUGCACUGCCCACCAAAUAUGUGUAUGUUCGAGGUGUUGGUCGACAUUUCACUGAGGUUCGAUCCAAACAGGAGAACCAACUCAAAGUCCGGAAUUUCCUCCCACCUCAAUCCCAGGACCCCGAAAUCUACUUGGUGGAGAAGUUUGGCUCGGCCAGAUCCAAUAAUGAGGCGACUGACUAUCCAUACGGUGGCGAAUUCUCUGAUGCAGAAGGUGCGUUCAUUGGCCAAUUCCAACUAAGACACACAAGGGGGGAUCUAUGAACCCACCUACUCGAAUCAAAGAGUGAUUGAAAGCCUUCAGGAG